AUGCUGGCUUCGUUACACGCUGUAGCGUUCUACGCUGUAGCGUUCUACGUUGUAGCGUUACACGCUGUAGCGUUCUACGCUGUAGCGUUCUACGUUGUAGCGUUACACGCUGUAGCGUUCUACGCUGUAGCGUUCUACGCUGUAGCGUUACACGCUGUAGCGUUACACGCUGUAGCGUUCUACGCUGUAGCGUUCUACGCUGUAGCGGACUACCUCGUAGAGCUCUACGCUGUAGCGUUCUACGCUGUAGAGCUCUACGCUGUAGCGUUCUACGCUGUAGCGUUCUACGCUGUAGCGUUCUACGCUGUAGCGUUCUACGCUGUAGCGUUCUACGCUGUAGCGUUCUACGCUGUAGCGUUCUACGCUGUAGCGUUCUACGCUGUAGCGUUCUACGCUGUAGCGUUCUACGCUGUAGCGUUCUACGCUGUAGCGUUCUACGCUGUAGCGUUCUACGCUGUAGCGUUACACGCUGUAGCGUUACACGCUGUAGCGUUCUACGCUGUAGCGUUCUACGAUGUAGCGUUCUACGCUGUAGUGUUCUACGCUGUAGCGUUAUACGCUAUAGCGUUCUAG